AGAGCAGGAAGAGGAGUGCUGGGAUGCAAGGGGUGCAGAACCUCCCCCCAGCCUCUGCAGGGGUAGCUGAAGGGCUCAGGGCAGGCAGGGGAGCGGGGCAGGACGAGCGGCUGCUGCUGGGACCAGUUCAUUCUCUCGGGGACCCAUGGGCAUAACCUCUUUAAAUGCUUCCUAAGAGACCUCGGACCCCCAGUGACAGCUGCGCCUCGGGGUGCUGUGGGAGCUCAGCGUUCCUCGGGGCCCCCCCCGGCAGCACAUCUAAGUCACCCAGGAGGGAGGCACCGGAGCUGGUGUGCUGUACCUGACACAAGGAAGCUUUACCCUGACAUUAUCACUCCUUGACCAUGAAUGGGUACCUGAAGGAAUCCAACUUCAUGAUGGUGGAGGAGGGCUUCACCACCAGAGACCUCCUGGAGAACCUCCUGGUGGAGCUGUGCCAGGCGAGUGACCAGCAAGCCUUCUUCGUGGCAGACCUGGGUGACAUUGUGAAGAAACACCUGCGCUUCCUGAAGGCCCUGCCCAGGGUCAAACCCUACUUCCCAGUCAAGUGCAACGGCAGCGAAGGAGUGAUCCGGCUGCUGGCCGAGCUGGGGACAGGCUUUGCCUGUGCCAACAAGGCAGAGCUGGUGCAGGUUCAGAGCCUUGGUGUCCCUGCUGACAAGAUCUUCUACAGCAGCCCCUGCAAGCAGGUUGCCCACAUCAAAUAUGCAGCCAGCCACGGGGUACAGCUGAUGACCUUUGACAAUGAGGUGGAACUGAGCAAGGUGGCCAGGAGCCACCCUCGUGCCAGGAUGUUGUUGGGUAUCACUGCUGACUCCAGCCCUUCUGCCCACCCCAUGGCAUUUGGCACCACCCUCAAGUCCUGCCGGCACCUGCUCGAGGCAGCGAAGGAGCAGGCUGUGGAGGUGGUGGGCAUCAGCUUUCACCUUGGGAGUCGUGGGCUGGAGCCCCAGGCCUUUGCUCAGGCUGUGGCUGCAGCACAGCUGGCCUUUGAGUUGGGCACAGAGCUGGGCCACCGGAUGCACCUCCUGGACAUCGGAGGGGGAUUCCCUGGCACGGAGGACAGCAGAGCUCGCUUCGAAGAGGUCACUGCCACGAUCAACUCUGCCCUGGAGCUGUAUUUCCCGGAGGGCUGUGGGGUGGAGAUCAUUGCCACCCCCGGGCGGUUCUACGUCGCCUCUGCCUUCACCCUCGCUGCCAGCAUCACUGCCAGGGAAGAGGCUCCCGCAGAGCAGCCUGGCUCUGAUGAGGAGGAGCCCAGCAGCAAGAAGAGCCUCACGUAUCACAUCGGUGACGGCAUCUACGGCGCCUUCAGCUGCCUCCUGUUUGACAGCCUCUGCCCCACACCUCGGCUGCACAAGAGAACCUGCCCAGAGCUCCCAUUGCACAGCAGCAGCCUCUGGGGCCCCCCGGGACACCCAGAGGAUCGCAUCGCUGAGGGCCUGGAGCUGCCUGAGCUGCAGGUUGGGGACUGGCUGAUUUUUGAGGGCCUGGGAGCCUACAGCACAGCCUCAGCCCUGCCUGGGGGGGGCCCCCAGCCACACAUCACCUACGCCAUGUCCCGCCUGGCCUGGAAAACUCUCCAGCUCUUCCAGGGGAAGCCAGCACAAGCAGAGGAGGAGCGGGAGAGCCUCUGCACCCCUCUGUCCUGCGGCUGGGAGAUGGCUGAGACCCUGUGUGUGCCCCCAGUCUGCACCCCAGCCAGCAUCAUCUGAGCAGCACUGCUGCUGGGGGGGUGCGGGGUGGUACAGCCUGCCCCUGGCACCGCCCCUGGGAGCCCAUGGCCAAGGCUUUGAAGUGUGCUCCAUAAAUCCUGUUCCUCCUG